AUGAAGACGAUGCAGGCUCUGGAGAAAGCUUACAUCAAGGACUGCGUCUCUCCCAACGAGUACACUGCAGCCUGCUCCCGGCUCCUGGUCCAGUACAAAGCUGCCUUCAAACAGGUGCAGGGGUCCGAGAUCGGCUCCAUCGAUGAAUUCUGCCGCAAGUUCCGGCUCGACUGCCCGCUGGCCAUGGAGAGGAUCAAGGAGGAUCGUCCAAUCACCAUCAAGGAUGACAAGGGCAACCUGAACCGCUGCAUUGCCGACAUCGUCUCUCUUUUCAUCACCGUGAUGGAUAAGCUGCGCCUGGAGAUCCGAGCCAUGGAUGAGAUCCAGCCGGACCUGCGGGAGCUGAUGGAGACGAUGAGCCGCAUGAGCAACCUGCCCCCUGACUUCGAGGGGCGACAGAAAGUGAACCAGUGGCUGCAGACGCUGAGCGGGAUGUCUGCCUCCGACGAGCUGGAUGACUCCCAGGUGCGCCAGAUGCUGUUUGAUUUGGAAUCGGCCUACAACGCCUUCAACCGCUUCCUGCACUCCUGAGCCCGCCCAGCGCCCCUGGACUGGUGGCUUCCGCUGCCUGGCUCCUAAGAGCCGCUCAGGCAGGUCUCUGGGCUCGUGCUGGGGGCAGGAGGUCACGGGUGGUGUGGUUUGUCCAUGCUGCCCCCCACCCCACCCCGCUGUAGCCUUUCCAGCAUUAGCCCUUGGGGCUGUCAGUGUGACCAGCCCUCCUCCAGCCAGGGCACAGGCUGGCCCGGCCCUGCGAGCAGGGGAGGAGACCUGUACAGACCUGCCCUAAUAAAGCUCCUCACGCUGUAGC